CAGCCUCUAAAAAGGCACCAAACAGCCACACUGGGCGCCAAAGUACUAAAGACAUCACUCAACCCGAUAGGCAGACCCACACUGGGGCUCAUAACAGGAGCCAGACAGCACACAUAGGCAUGGGGCACCUCCUGAAAGGGAUCUGCAGAUGGCGUGGGCGAUCAAGUCCACGAAAAAGAAAGCACCCGAAGGUGCUAACCUUUCCUGUGCAAUAGAUCACAGAUGUGCAAGUAGAUCACCCUUUGGACCAGUAGAGGAUCCCCUCUCGACGUACUCACCUCUGGUGCGGGCCCUAUCAAAUGCAAAAGUGUCUGGGUCUGGAAGGUUGGAACUUGUGAUGCGCAUUUCAAAACACAGAAAAAUCUCUCAUGCAUAGGUAGCUAAAGCUGCCCACUUUCUGUCAGCAAAAUAGGGGACUUGUCAUGCGGAUUCGGCAUUGCGGAAGCUUGUCGAAAUCUGUGAUGCUAGAGCUUCCAUGCCAGACCUUCUGUGUCAUGCAAAAACAGCAUGACUCAGACAUUUUUGCAUUUGAGAGGCCCUUGCCCACGCCGAUGUUUGAAAACAUGAGAAUCCCGCCCGAGGACGAGCACGUGCAAUACUGUACAACCGACCCGGAG